GCCGCCAAGUUUGUGGCAAACGUCAUCGCUGUGACCUUGGCGAAAUACGUCAUGCGCGACUGGGUGCGGAGGAACUUCGUGGAUCGGUCAGAGCUUCUCCAACUUGUAUCUGAAGCAGCAAAGGACGAGCCCUUCAAGAUGGCAUUCUUAGUGAGGGGCUCUUAUGCCCCGCUGAGUGUGAAGAAUUAUGGACUGGGUGUGCUGGACAUCGGCUACCUCCCAAUCAUGGUGACUUCAUGCAUCUUCUCGCCUUUCUACGCCAUACAGAACAUCUACAUGGGCAGUGCCUGCAAAAAUCUGCAG